UCAUUCUCCUCACUUCCUGCAGUGUGGUGCUGCUGCUGUUAGCUUGUAAACAUGGCUACCGCUGGAGCAGCUGGAGACGACCUGAGGAAAGAGCUCACAUGUGCAAUUUGUUUGGACUUCUUCAAAGACCCGGUCAUACUGAAAUGCGGGCAUAAUUUCUGUCGGUUUUGCAUUUGCAUGCACUGGGAUGAAAAUGGCGGAGACUACGGCUAUCAGUGCCCUCAAUGCCGAACGGUGUUUACCAAGAGGACCUUCACUAAAAACUACCUGGUACAGAACCUGGUGACCAAGCUGGACGACCUGGAGUGUCUGGCGUCCUGUCCUCCGCCCUCUAAGCCCGUUAAAGUAGAUGGCAAGUGUGACCAACAUGGAGAGGAGCUGAAAUUGUACUGCCAGACUGAUAAAAGGCCCAUCUGUGUGGUCUGCAGGGAAUCUAGAGCACACAGACACCAUGAGGUAGCACCAGUAACAGAAGUUGUGAAUGACAUGAAGAUGGAGUUGAAAAUGAGGCUAAUGGAGCUCAACUGGCAGAAGUCUCAAUGUGUAAAAGUUAUAACUGCUGAUGAGCGCACCACAAGUGAAGUGAAGUUGAAGAAAAAGAGACUCAAGGAGAAGAUUGAGGCGGAUGUUGGUGCCUUGGUGCAGUUCCUGCUCGAUGAGAGAGACUCCCUGCUUGAGAGCCUGGAUGCCGAGGAAGUGGCCACCAUGGCCGUCAUCGACGAGAACCUGAAGAUUGUGGAGACAGAGGUGGCGUCUGUAGACAAAGCUAUAGCUGAAAUCCACGGUCACAUCGGUGGGAAAACUAGCUUUGAGAGCCUUGCUGAGACACACAAUGAAGUCAUCCAUUGCAAGCCGUUCAAAUCCCUCGACACCGUCAAUUGUGCGACUGAGUUCACAGACUUCUCCGGGCCCUUCCAGCUCAUCAUGUGGAAGAAGAUGAUGCACGUGCUGCACACUAUGCCCCAGAACCUCACCUUGGACCCCGACACGGCUCACCUAAACCUUCAGAUCUCAGACUUUGACACCAAAGUAGAGGAGGGCCAUAUUCGUAACCAGGAGCCCGACCUGCCGGCCCGCUUCACUCGCUUCUGUGGAGUCCUCGCCACGGCCCAGUACGCCAGCGGCCAGCACUACUGGGAGGUGGACGUGAAGGACAAAGGCGUGUGGUACCUGGGAGUCACCACUGAGGGCAGCAACAGGAAGGGCUUCGUCAGCCUCACCCCCUCCUCGGGGUACUGGAGCCUGUGUCUGCAGGACCGGCUGUACGCCAACGGAGAGGACGGGCGAAUCCCCGUGGCCGACUACUGGAACUCUCCUCGGGUCGGCGUGUACCUGGACUACGACAACGGGCGCCUCAGUUUCUAUGACGCCGUCACAAUGAAAAGACUGUUCAUGUUUGAUACCUGCUUUGAAGAGCCUGUCUAUCCCUUCUUCAGCCCGGGGAAGAAUGACCCCGGCAGCAGGCUGCAGAUAUGCCACUAUUACUGAGAGAUCUGAAAAGAGUCAUGAAAUCUCAUUAUCUACUGGUAAAAUCGUACGCCAUGGUUUUCAGAUUUGCUGUCAAUAUGGUUUCUUCUCAGUCUUGGAUGGAGUGACAGGUGGAUGUUGACCCUGUGUCUGUGUGAUGUGCACAUGGUUCCUGUUGGUCUUACUCGAGUUAGAACAUGAGUCACCAGGUGUCUCAUCACACGUUGGUUGAUGUGAAGUGCUUACAUUUUCUCAUAAGGCAAUUUGAAAAUGUUAAAUGUGGUUUCUUUUAACCCCGGCACACACUGUAGGCUUUAACCCCUGGUGACUGGCUGCAGUCUGAGAGCGGCUUUGUUGUAAAUACCACUGGUUGCAGUCAGGCAGAUGCCUCAAAUGUCAACUACUAUGCCAUACAAUUACUGUACAUUAACUUGUGUUGGCUAAUUUCUUUGGCAGGCAGGGUCAGUGGCCUUGGGUAAAACUUCAUCAAGUAUCACAUUGAUAGUUGAUAGAUUCCUUCAUUAUAUAACAGUCAGUUCCAUGCUCAUAGUUAUCUGAUUUCCUUGAUUGAAUUUGGCCGGAUUGUACUUCCAUGAGAGAGUGGUUCAGGUUGUUCUGUCAGCAGAUCAUUUUAUCAUCGUUUUUAAAUCCCCUUAUUGUAUCUGUUUUUUAUUCUGUAUAUUGCUUACAAUUUUGGAAGUUCCAAACUCCUCUAUGUUACUCUGAAGCACAUUUCUUUGUUGAGCAGAAGGCAUGAAGUCGUGCCAUUGUGCUUUUGUUAUAAGCUAUCAUACAAAUCUGAGAAAAUGUCAUCAGUCUGCUGGAGAAUUAGCAGGUGUGUAUGACAAAGCAAACUAUUUUGAAAAAUGUAAACAAUAAAUUAAGAUGAACAGCCAUAUCUUAAAAUCAGUUGCUUAACUGGAGAGUGCCUGAUGGACUUGACUAAAAUGUAAACUUACAAAAUGCUGAAUUACGUUUUUUAUAACUUGUUCAGUUUGCUUUUUACAAAUUACCCCAGCAUUGCCUUGAUGAUAGUUAUUUUAAAAUAUUCCUGCUUGAGAUUAUAAAUAGAUAGUUGUUGAGAUGGUGCUGAUUGAUUGGUUUGAACUCCUGACAUUUUUCAACCAGUUUUCUAUUUUUAUUUAUUGAAUGCAAUAUGUGUAUCUGGGUAACUGUGUACAAUCUUUUUCCUUCUUUAAACAUGUUUUUAACAUUCUUCUUUUAGAUCCUUUUAUUUUUGCUUGUGCAGUUGUGGACCUACAAGCAAAGACUGCCGUCUUAAAUGUUUUUUUUGUUUUUUAUUUCAGAAUCCUAUUGAGGAGCCCAACGGACAUUCACAAUAUUUAUUAUUCAGUUUAUUAGUAGAUGUUUAAGAUUUUCACUUGAUGACUGCAACACUUUGUGCUCUUAAACUCUGAAUAUUUACUGAUAAACAUUGUGUCCAAGAUAGUACACCUCAUUUAUACGUACUUUUAAUUUGUCAAGCGUUCUGAGUUUCAUACCUGCAAUAAGUUUAACAGUGUUUGGGCUGUUUCUUUAAGUGUGACUUUAAAAAUAAAAUCUUGCAGUCCCUGUUUGUGGCCCUUUCACCUGCUUUAAAUGUGCUAAGUGUUUCUUAGACAGAACAAUAACAUUAAAAGAAGAGAAAUUCAA